GGCCCAUGGGUAAACCCUAAGGCUUCGCGAACCGAGGGCGGCGCCCGGCUCCUCCUCCAGCGCUGGCCCAAACCCUAACCCUAUCACUCGAAUCCCGGCCGCCGCUCGCCGCCGUCGUCGCCCCGGGGCGGCGCCGCCGUUAGAUCGCCGGGCGAUCUACACAUAUUGCUUUUCUCGAAGCCUCUCGAGGGAUCUAAGCCGGGUUCCUGACUGUUCAUAAUUCUUGGCAAAGGGAGCAUCUUGCAUCUCGACUUCUUUCUGUUCAUCGUUCCAUCUAUAACAAUGGAAGCUAGUGAUGCUGAGCCCAUGAACACAGAAAUAACACCACCAACUUCAAGGCGCAGGAGAAAGAAGUCAAUGGUGUGGGAACACUUUACUAUUGAAACUAUAUCCGGUAGUUGUACACGGGCUUGCUGCAAACUAUGCAAACAAACCUUCGCAUACAGUAAUGGCUCAAAAGUAGCAGGUACUAGCCACCUCAAAAGACACAUUGCUCUGGGUUCCUGUCCCAAAAUUAAAAAUCUGGAAAAGCAACAGCUUGCUCUUACUUCGGAUACAAAAGCUGAUGGAGAUACAAUUGAGCCAACCAAAAGACGCUACAGAACAUCUAGCUUUGGGUACGCUUUUGACCAGGAACAGAGCUGCGCAUAUCUUGCAAAGAUGAUAAUUGUUCAUGAAUACCCACUUCAUAUGGUUGAACACCCUGCAUUUCUGUCAUUUGUUCAAAGUAUUCAACCACGAUUUAAGAUGAUUGAUGUCAACGCCAUGGAAGGUGAAGUCUUAUCUGUAUAUCACAAGGAAAAGCUUAAUCUCAUGCAGGUCUUAGGAACUUUCCCUGGAAGGAUCAGCCUAACUAUAGGUUUGUGGACAACUAGUCAGACUCUUGGUUAUAUUUGCCUUAGUGGGCAGUACAUAGACCUUGACUGGAAGUUGCAUAGAAGGAUGCUUAAUUUCAUGAUGGUAGCGUCUCCUCAUUCAGAAAAUGCUCUUAGUGAAGUUAUUAGUGUUAGUCUUUCAGAUUGGAAUAUGAAGACUAAGUUGUUCACUAUCACUCUGGACAACAAUUGUUCAUCACAUGACAUCUAUAGUGCUAAUCUUAGAGAUCAUCUCUCGAACAAGAACACACUUGUGCUGAAAGGUCAGUUGUUUGUUGUACGCUGUUAUGCCAAUAUCCUGAAUGUAGUUGCCCAGGAUGUGAUUGCUUCAAUUCAUGGUAUUGUGUACAACAUCCGGGAGAGUGUGAAAUUUGUAAAAGCUUCUCCAGCUCGUGAAGAAAAAUUUUCUGAGAUUGCCUUACAAAUUGGAAUUCCUGGUACAAAAGCUCUUUCUCUUGAUGUUACAACAUUAUGGAACACGACUUAUAUCAUGUUGGAUGCUGCCUUAGAAUACAAAGAGGCAUUCACUUUCUUAGAAACAUGUGAUGAUAACUAUAAUGAAGCACCAUCAGCUGAUGACUGGAAGAAGGUGGAGGUUGUUUGCACAUAUCUGAAACUUUUGUAUGAAUCUGCAAACUCAGUCAUGGCGACAAUAGAUCAAACUGCAAAUAUUUUUUUCCAGGAAGCUUGGAAAAUCCAGCUAGAACUGACUAAUGCAACAUUGAGUCAAGACCUGAUGGUGAGCAGCAUAGCUAAGGAGAUGCAUGAAAAGUUUGACAAAUAUUGGAAAGAUUGCAGCCUUGUUUUGGCACUCGCUGUGGUGAUGGACCCUCGUUUCAAGAUGAAGCUUGUUGAGUUCAGUUUCUCAAAGAUUUAUGGUGAAGAUUCUGCCAGAUACGUCAAGGUGGUUAAUGAUAGUAUUCAUGAGUUAUAUAUCGAGUAUGUUGCGCAGCCACUUCCUCUGACUCCUGCAUAUAUAGAUCAAGGGGAGGCCAACCAUGUAAAUGGCAAUGACAACAAUCCGCAUACAACUCCAAAUCCCAUGGGAGAUGGGCUUCUAGACUUUGAUAUCUAUCUUUCUGAGACGGCAGUGAAUCAGGCAACAAAGUCCGAGUUAGACCAGUACUUAGAAGAGUCCCUUGUCCCACGUAUCCAAGGGUUUGAUAUCCUGAACUGGUGGAAGCUCAACAAUCUCAAGUAUCCAAUUCUAUCCAAGAUGGCUAAAGACAUAUUAGGCAUUCCAGUGUCCAUUGUGGGUACAGGAUGUUCCAUUUUUGGCUCAGGGACUGGAAGCAGAGUACUUGAUGAGUAUCGGAGUUCCUUACGUCCAGAGACAGUGGAGGCUCUCUUUUGUGCCAAAGAUUGGCUCCAGUAUUUACCCACCUUUACAGAGUCACCAUCAACCAUGUUUGCCAAACUGGAAUUCUAGCUUAUCCAUUAAAAUAUGUCUAUUGUAGCAUUAUGGAUAAGUGCAUGAUUAGACAAGGUUUGUCACCUCUGACUGGUAUUUUGAGAUCAGGAAAUCGGAUUCUACAGCCAACUGUUUCUCCAUUACCUUAACUUAUCUGUAGUCUCCAUUAGCAUGUUUUACUCUUGUCCAAGAUUUCAUCUUCUGAGGCUGCUGCUGAUUUGCUGUUAGCGAUUAUCCAGGAUAUACUAUUUGGUAAUGCCAUGUAGUCUAGAUAUGUAUAUUUGUGUUUUGAUCUUAGAGUAUGCCCUUUCUCUCUAUUAUCAAGGGGUCAUAUGCCAGUUGACAAUGUCUGAUCAAAUAUAUUUGUAUGCUUGAUAUUUCUCUCUA